GUGAGGCGCCAAUAAAUGUCGUCUGCUCGCUCUGACAGUUAUUCUUUUAACUGGUCAAGAAAUAUCAUUUUUUCAACUGCGCAAGUUCAGAAAUCAGCGCCGAAGCGGUGAAGAGAUACGGUAUUUGGAUUCGUGAGAGCUUUACCGAAAAUAAGAACAAUUUAUCGCUAAAAUGAUAAUUAUAGCGAAGUUUAUACUGAAUUUUUGAAAAUAUAACAUAGAUGUUAUAUAUUUUGUUUAACUUUUCAUUUAAACAUGGAGGCGGAAGUUAGAGUUAAUCGUCGUUCUUCAAGUAUUUUCAAUCAGAAUGCAGUUUGUUAUGGAUUUUAACGUGAAUGACGUGUCAAUGUAUAGAUGUAUAGUCAAUGUGAGAUUCAAAGUCAAAGUGAAUUUCGUAAUAAUACAAGAAAAGUGUAUACAACUUGAGUCCAAUUAACCUCUGACUUUCAAUGAGCACAAUGUCUUUCUAUCGAAUUUGAUUUGUAACAAUAAAAUUGAAAGAUACAUAUAUACAUCUACAAGUUCCUUCGAAUAAUUAUGAAAUGAUAUUCAUGUGCAAAGAAAAUGAAUGUUAUGCCUAAGGAAAAACAUCAAGAAACUAAAUAGUCAUCCUAAAUAUUAUACUUACAAAUAUGUAUUAUUUACAUUUACUCUAAAUAUUUUAUCUAAAUUAUUCGAUAUGAAAGUGUUAAAUUUAUUAUAUUUGAAGUGCAAUUAUUUAUUAAUGUAACAUUAAAUGUAUUUCUUUAAAUAUGAGAAAUAUGCCAAAAACAUAAACAUAACAAAGUGCUAUAGAUGUUAACAAGAUAAAUAUCUUGUUUUACGAUUCUAGUCUAUAUUAUACAAUAAAAUAUAUAUUAUUAGUGAUAUAAUUGCACACUGUUCAUAUAAAAACUAUAUAUAUGCAAGUACUUAUACCACAAAUGAGCAUAAACAUUAAAAAAAUUUUUAUUUAUAUAUGAACUCAUAUUAGAAGAAGAAUAAUUAUAAUUAUAAAACAAAAUUACAAAUGCCUAUGUUUUGAUUUAUUUAAUAGUGACAUGUAUGAUAGAUUAACUUCGUUAAACUUUUCACGCAAUAAUAAAGUACUUUAUUCAUUGAUAGUGGAUUAAUUACAUGGUGUUCAAAAUAUAAAAUUUCAAAUACCAUGGAGCAGUGUGAGGAAGCUGAUGUAUCUAACGUGACAAAUACUAAGGCAGAUAUUUCCCCUAAGUCGAAGCAAAAGAAAAAAUCUCUUUGCCGUAUGCUUAUGAAUAAAAAGACCAAAGUUGGAUGUUUGGAGACAUCUUACAAAGAUGGUGAUUCAAAUAAAAAUUCUAAACUGGAAAAUUCACAACAUGGAUCUCAUACUAGUACAAAACUUUCAUUAUGCUGUGCAAUGACUGAACGCAGCAGAACACCGCCACAAAGUUUGACUGUCAGUAGAUUAUCUCCAACUACGUUAAGCCACACAUCUGUUAAAUCUGAGGUAGCUUCUGCUAAUGGAAAUUGUCAAACAGAUGUGACGAUAGAGAAGGAGGAAAUGUAUAUAGCAAGUAGUACGCACAAUGUUGAAGAAAAUAUAGGAAGGAAUAGUGUUUUUACGGGCAAAGAACGACAAAGUACAUUUAUUGAAGAGUCAACAGAAGAUUCAUUUGAGGAAUCAUCAGAAGAUGAAAAUGAACUUUUAAUUGAUUAUGAAAGAAAUGAAAAAAGCUUCAAGGAUGAAUACUUUACAAAAGGAAAAUAUAUCACUUAUUUCUUCUUGGAAAUGGAACGGAUGUUCUACAAUCCUUUUGAUGUUUACAGUAUGGUUCAAUACCAUGAAACUAACAAUACUGAAAGACCAGGAAAAGAAGGUGAAAAUUCAUCCUCUGGAUCUAUUUCUCCAAGUGUUCCUACAUAUUUAAGGCAAAGACUAAUUCAUAGGCGAUCUGUGGAUAAUUUAGUAGGAAAUUCACCAACAAAUUCUAUGAGACAUUCAAGUCCAGAAUCUAUAAAAAGUGCACCUGUUCAACUUAAACCACGCUCUACGUCUCAUGAUGCAUUGUCCAAAAAAAAAGAGCGUCAUCAAUCUCAAACUGGAGCAUCUAUGGACAGUUUAGCAAAACAAGCAUUACUAGCUGCUCAAGUUCUUAAUCUAAUUCCUACACAAAAAGCACGAGAAAGAAAUUUCCUUCAUGGUAGGAUUGCUGCAAAUUCACUACUUGGACCAGUAGAACUUGAGAAAGUACUACCAAAUCGCGAACUGAAAAUUUUUAUUGGAACAUGGAAUAUGAAUGGACAGAAUCCACCAAAAGAAUUGAAUGAUUUUAUGUUACCUUCAGAUAUAGAAACUGUUCCAGACCUGUUAGCAAUUGGAACACAAGAAUCUUGUUCUGAGCGGAGUGAAUGGGAGGCAGCUUUGCAAGAAACUCUUGGUCCUUCCCACGUACUACUCUGUAGUACUGGUUUAGGAACACUACAUCUUGCACUUUUCUUAAGAAGAGAUCUAAUUUGGUUCUGUUCCAUCCAUGAAGAUGCUAGCUUUUCAACUAGAACAGGAACUGCUUUUAGAACAAAAGGAGCAGUAGCUAUAGCUUUAAUGUUAUUUGGCACAAGUUUUCUGUUUGUUACUGCACAUUUAACCGCACAUCAAGAUAAAGUUAAAGAAAGGGUAAAUGAUAUUAAAAGAAUAGUUAGAAAUCUUGAUCUUCCUAAAGAGUUACCUACGAGACAUAAAAGCAAAGAUGUAACUCAAAAUUUUGACUGUGUAUUUUGGUGUGGUGAUUUAAACUUUCGGCUAGCUCAGCCAAGAGAGGAAGUUAUUCAAUGGGUCACAAAUGCAUGCUUUCCACAACAAUUACCUGUAAAUUUGCACAAAGAUCAAUUAAAAACAAUUCUUAGUGAAGGAGCUGUUUUACGUGGUUUUGAAGAAGCACCAAUUACAUUUCCUCCUACAUAUAAAUAUGAUCCUGGAACACAAAAUUUUGACUCAAGUAGUAAACAGCGCACACCUGCAUAUACUGAUAGAAUUCUCUUUAAAGGAAAAGGACAUACAAGAGGCUAUAUCAGAAGAGUUAGUUAUGAAAGUUCUAAUUCAUAUAAAGAUGGAGUUAUAGAAUGUUUGGUUUAUGACUCUGUACCCAGCAUUUGUACCUCGGAUCAUAAACCUGUAUGGGGUGUUUUUAAAACAACCAUAAGACCUGGUAUUGACACUAUUCCUCUUGGUGGAGGUCUGUUUAAUCGUGAAAUAUAUCUAGAAGGCAUAAAAAGGCGAGCAGCUGCUAUGGAUGAAUCUCAUGGAACUUCAAAAGUAUGUUCAAUUCAAUAAAUAUAGGUAAUAUAAAUUUCAUUGGAAAAAAUAUUUCAUAUUAAGAAAUUUAUAUAACAUGAGCAUUAUAUUUCUAUUUAUUCUAAUUUUUUAAUGCCAAAAUGUGAAAUCAUAGUUAUUGCAAUUCUUACAAUUAAUAUCACUUCUUUUUUUGUAUGCUCUAUAUAUAUGAUAAAUUUGUAACUGUUCAUAACUUUUUUAUAUGAAUAUCAAAUACCGUUUUUUAGUGCAGUUUAUAGGACAAGUUACUGUACAAUGUGCACUUUGUAAUGUCUAGUCAAAAUAAAGUAGACUUCCCAUUCCUAUAACUAGCAAUGAAAAUGCUAGAUAUUAUAAAUAUAUGUGCCAUUUCUAAAAAAAUAUAAAAAAAAUAAGAAUAAAA